AUGGCACCCGCCGCUCUCCCACAAUCCGCCGACUACGUGAUAGUGGGCGGGGGCACCUCCGGCCUGGUGCUUGCAUCCCGACUGUCAGAAGACCCAAACGUCAACAUUGUGGUCCUUGAAAGUGGCCCUGAUCGAACGACUGACCCGGAAGUCCGCGACCCGCUUGUCUGGCGAGCACUUAGUGGAUCGGAUCUGGACUGGAAACCCCGGACUACCCCGCAGGGAGGUCUGAACAACCGGACACUGGACCAUCCGGCAGGGAGAGUGCUUGGUGGAUCUUCUACGAUCAACGGAUUGGUACUGACAUCGCCGUCGCCGGCGGGAAUGGAUGCGUGGGCGAAACUUGGAAAUCCCGAUUGGACGUGGGAGACGUUCAAGCCGUAUCUGCAGAAGUCGUACACAGUUCCGGGAAAGGCAGUCGAAGGGGUAAUCAAGACCAUGGAGCCGACGCUGGUGGACGGUGUGGACAAUACCCUCGUGCAGGCCUGGAUUGAUGCCCACGCGGAAGAAGGCUACCUGAAGGCAACGGAUUUCGAGGGCGAAGAGAGGACGAUUGGAGUGAGGCCCUUUACAGCUACGAUUGACCCUGCAACUGGAACUCGCAGCAGUGCAGAUAACACGUAUGGUGCUGUUGCAAGUGCUUGUCCAAACGUGACCAUCGUCACUGGAGCUACUGUAAAGAGAAUAUUGUUUUCUGAAGGUAUCACUGCGUCCGGAGUCAAGGUCGACUAUAAGGGAUCGAGUGUGACGGUUGGGGCAGUGAAAGAAGUUAUUCUUGCUGCUGGCGCCUUUCAUACUCCGAAACUGCUUGAGCUGUCUGGCGUGGGAGACACGGAAAGAUUGAAGUCACUGGGAAUCCCGCCCGUCUUGCAUAGUUCAGGUGUAGGCGAGAACCUCCAAAAUCACACAAUGGGAGUAAUACCAGUGCCUUUAAAGGACAAUCCUGACCUUGCGGAUGUGAAACCGGGAAUCCAGGCACUGGCAUUUAGACAGCUGGAUCCGAAUGAUAUAACCGAGGUACUCAAACAGAAACAGGAAUGGAAUGGCGAUGAGGAAGUCAUCAAAUCACUGCUCCAGUCCCCGAAUGAGGCAUCCGCAUAUAGCCUUAUCGGCAUGAUGCAAAACCUGGCUAUUGUUGUGGUGAUGCUCACCUUCCCUUUCUCCCGAGGCAGCGUUCACAUCAGAUCUGCAGACCCUGGCGCUCCACCAAUAAUUGACCCACGCCUUCUCAGCAACGAUUUAGACAUCGAAUUCCUGGCGCGACAUGUACAGGCUUUACGAAGACUUCUCUCUUCUCCUGCUUUUCAACCGCUUUUACAAUCCCCUCGGGAACCUUCCGAGUUGGCGAAGCUCAAGACGACACUCCGCGAAUCCAUGGCCAGCACGGCACACCACGCCUGUGGCACAGCCGCCAUGCUCCCAAAGGAACAUGGAGGCGUCGUCGACCAGGACUUGAAGGUAUACGGGACAACAAACCUGCGGAUUGUCGAUGCGAGUAUCUUCCCGCUUAUUCCGCAUGCGAAUCCAAUGGCGACGGUUUACGGCGUUGCUGAGCGCGCGGCGGACCUGAUCAAGGGUGCCAUAGGUGAUAAUUAGAUAAUACAUAUCAUUUUCUAAAAUCGUCUAUUGUAGUUCUCACAACCAAUGCGAAGGUGACUCG